AUGCGCGGCGACCGCGCCGCGCGCGACACGCGCCACAAUAAAGAUCACGAAAACUUAAAAUCAUCACUGAAAAAGGGCACCAAAUCUAAAAAGCACCGAGUUAUAUUUGAUGAGAGCGCUAACGAAUUUUUUGAGGCCGAUUACAUUAUCGUGGUGCGCGAUGAGUGUGGAUACUCCGAUGAGGGUGAAGGCGAAGAAUGCUCGGGUUGUGGCGCGUGCGAGCGGUACCAGGAGCCGGAGCCGGGCGCGCUCAGCCCACCAGAAGGCUACAAGGACAUGGGCCUGUUCAACCGCGACGGCACCUUGCGCGAGCAAGCCUGGUGGGAGGCCGGCGACGUGCUGCUGGUGGGCGAGCGCUCGGGCACGGUGUUCACGCCGCAGCACCUGCAGCUGCUGCGGCGGCUCCAGCGCGAGCGGAUGCUGCGCUCCACCAUCUGUGCUGACUGUGACGCGCACGCCGCUCUGCACCAGCCUCUAGGUGAGUCACCCUGCCUUGUCCUUGCCAAGGACGAACAGCUCCGGUCGGCCUUGUUUCGCUGA